AUGGGCGCUUCUCCGAGCGCCGGCCGUUCCCCUCCUUCGCUCGGCGCCUCCGCCGUUGCCGCCGUCCGCGCGAGUGUUGUGCCGGUCUGUUUAAUUGCGCCUCCUCUUUCCUUCCUGCCUUCCUUCUCACCCCGCCCCCUCGCGCUGCGCCGAAGAGGGGCGGAGUUUCUGCGGAGCGCGACGGUGGCCCCGCGCCCCCGCAGCGUGUCUUCCGGCGUUGCCCGCGCUAUGGCCGCGGCGACGUGCGGCUGCCCCCGGGACGCACUUCUGUGGGGGCACUGCCGCCGCACUGCGGGCGACUCGGCUGCUGCUCUGCGGCCCUGGCGGGUUCGGCGCCCUGCGAGGUGGUGCUAG